CCAAAGCGUUUCAGUUGGAGUUUUGCUGUCCAUCGGUGCUGUUGUAUCUUUCGCUGGAGCUCCUGCGCACCCAAUCCCAAAGUGCUUUUUCUCUCUCGCUAACUGCAGCAAUUUGCAAUUUUAAUUAUCUGCAAGGCGGUUCGACCAGAAAAUAAAGGAAACAGGAAAAAAUGGGCCAAGCAAAGAAAGUCUCCUCCGCCCUGAGCAAGCUCUUCGUGUACGGCGCCCUCAAGUACGGACAGCCCAGCAACUCGAUCCUGGCCAGCUCCGGAAACGGAUACGCCAAGUUCUGGUGCAAGGCCACUACCACCCAAAAACUGCCGCUGGUGAUCGCCACCCGCUACAACAUUCCCUUCCUGCUCAACAAGCCCGGAGUGGGCUAUUACGUAACCGGGGAAAUCUACGAGGUGGACGACCGCAUGCUCAAUUCUCUGGACAACCUGGAGGACUGCGAGGAGAUCUACACGCGCGAGAAGCACGACAUGAACAUUGGUGUGGGCGAGGGAACCGUUCCUUGCUGGGUGUACCUGCUGCAGAAGUACCCGGAGAACCUACUCAGCCUGCGCUACUUGUCCGGGUACGAAAACUCCACCACCCAUCCGUACAUCAUGCGCCACCGCCGGACCCACAAGCACCCGGCCCAGGACGAUCUCACCUACGAGGCCCAGAACUAAUAAUAAAGCUGUUGCUCCCUCCGUUUCCUUGAAUGUGCUCUGGACAGCCGGCCACUAUUCUUAUGUUACCGUAGUUGCAUUUUUAGACCGUACCUGCAGACGCAGAUGUACUGAUCGAUAUAUACGCGCAUAUAUUGGCAAUGAUGUACAUAUCAGUGUACCAUACGCAUUAUUUAGGUUUUAGCGAUUGUAGUAUGUAAUUUCAUAGUUUUCGACAAACAAAGCAAAUAAACUGAAGCAAUUCUUAGUAA